AUGAAAUUCUUUUCUGCUCCUCUGUUUCUGGUUGUCCUGCUUCCAGCAAUGGUGGCAGCUGCCGCUCCCAGUCCCAGUCCCGUCUAUCAGCCGAGUCAAGGCGGCCAAUAUGAGCCGAUAAAAAAUUUGAGUGACCCAUACAUUUCCGAAAUCGGAAGGUAUGCAUGUAUUGAGUACAACAGGAAAUACCCGAGUCCUACACCACUUGUAUUCCAGAAAGUGGUGAGUGGGGAAAAACAGGUGGUGAAUGGAUACAACUACAAGCUCAUAAUGUACAUCAAAAGCGGCGGUCUAAUUCCCCAGUAUGAGGUCAUCGUGUAUGACAUUCCAUGGAAGAGCCACAGAGAACUUACGUCUUUAAAUAUCUACCACAAUUAA